AUGCUCUGGGACGAAGAGGUUCUGCGUGGCUGGCAGCCCAGCGGCUGGUACGAACUGCUGCACUACUGCACUCGAUGGUUCCUGCCGAAAGGCUGGAUGCUCUAUUUGGCGGCUUCUCCAUGCCCACUGCAGCGGGCGUCUCUGGAGGAGCGGGGCUUGGAAAGUGGCCAGCUGACCUGUGGUCAGCUACUCGCCAGCACCGGGGUGCACUCGGAGAGGAGACCAGCUCUACUACUCCGACACGGCCUAAACAAGUACACUUCCAUCGUGCCACCCCCUCGAAUCCCAGGGACUCGAUGGCUGGCGAUAGGAGCGUUCCUGUGGCUACUGCGAAGCCACUACCUAACAGCCGGUGUAGCAGCCUGUGUAGUCAUGGCGUUGUGGCUUUCACAAACGUGUGAAUGCUUAAUAAGCAAGUUCCGCCGCGUCGUCCAGCCUCGCUCAACCCUGGCUCUUCCAGCUGCCAAGGAAAUUGAAUCCCGUCUACUGGUUCCCGGCGAUGUCGUCGCCUUGAAGCAGGGCGACAGGGCGCCCUGCGACCUGGUUUUGCUAUCCGGCGACUGCGUAGUGGACCAAGGUGACGUGGCACUGCCUCGCAUGGCUGCCAGGUGGCAUUUGGAAGCACCAGAGCGUGAACUCUUCAGUGUCCAUAAGCAUAGAACUAGCGUCAUCCUGCGCCCUUCUACAAUUGUCUGCUCGCGGGGAAAACUUCGCGCUGUCGUUCUGAGGACGGGAGCCGCUACGGAAAGCGCCGCGCUGUUCUCACGUCCGGGAUAUAUGUACGUCGAAGAAGGGCUCGGACCGGUUCAGUGGGCAGUCGCGGCCGUCGCAUUCCUGCUCUCGCUUCUAUUUUGGCUCGGCCGAGACCGAUUCACGUGGGACGAAGUCCUCCUCCGGGCGCUCAGCCUUCAUCUGCUGCUGUUCCCUCCUCGAGCGCUUCUCGCCAACUUGCUUCUGGAGAAGGUCGCAGCAUCGGCUCUAGCAUCGGCUGGAGCCACGAGCUCACGAGGCGCCUUACUGUCGGUAGCAUGCUGGGGACGAGCCAAUUCUGUUGCCGUUGACUGCGCAGGAUGCCAGGUGGACGAGAAUGUGGCCGGGAUACUUCCAUCUGGAUGCCACGGUUUCGCCCCAGUCGUGGCACGUGGGCUGGCUCAGCUGCCACAAGGGCAUCCGCUCCGAUGGGCAGCCGCAGCCGUGGGGGCCACGCUCUGGAAGAACGGAAGUGAGGCCAUGGGACAUCCGUACGAAGUGGCAGCGUUUGCGGCCGCGGGUUCCGGGCUGAAAGCGGACGGUUACGGCUUGGACACGCCCCCAGAACCAGCAGGGAAGCCGUUGAGGCUGGCUCCCUUUGUGAACCCGUUUUGGAGCACCCAGCGCCUCGACGAAGACCUGAGGGAAACUAGGGACCCGCCGGACCUGGUGUCAUCCUGCAUCAUAAGGGUCAGCCAAAGCUGCGAGCCGCCUUGGACUACGGACGAAGCUGGAUUGCCAGAGCUGUGUUACAAUGACACGGAACCCGUCAUCGAGGAAGAUCAGCCAGAGGACUUGCUUCGUGAAAGAAUCGAAUGUCGCAGACUACGUGCGUUGGCAUGUGAGCCCCGUCGCGCCGGCAGGGAAUAUUGUACCACAGUCUUGUACGAGACGAGAAAGCACAAGGAGGUCGUCUGCAUCGGUCGGCCGGCUGACGUAUUCCCGUUGUGCCGAGGAAAUCACCCAGCACCGUGUAAUGCCAAAGCCGUGUCAGCGUCGUUUCACGAACGCGGUUUCGGCACGGCUGCAGUCGCUGGUGGAAGCUGUCUUGACGCAAACACGACAAGAGAGGACGCCUUGAAUUUCCAAGGUCUCUUAUUAUUUGAACCCGUGAUGAACCCGCAGGCUGCUCCAGCCAUCGAAGAACUUCGGCGCAUCGAUGUGCGUCCCGUGGUCGUCGACGAGGCUAACGUCUACCGCUGCAUCGCAGUAGCUCGCUUGACAGGCGUCGUGCUGCCCGAUGAGCCACUUUUGCUCGUUUGCACCCGCAAUACUGUGUUCGGGGGCCCCGCCGUAGACAUUCGUAUCCUGGAGACUCCCUCGCUGUUCGAGCUGCGGGCACCGAAACAAGAAGUCCGGCGCACCGAGAGGCUCCACUACGCCUUGAGCUAUCGCACAUAUCUUGUGCUACGCAAGCACUUCCCGGGACUGCUGGCAUCGGUGCGAGACACCGUGUCCGUGGUGGGAGGCCUGCCCGCAAGCGAGGCCACGGCCAUGAUGCGACAGCUGGGAAUCCAGACCGUGUGUGCUGCAGGCAGCUUAGGCCUAGCGGCGAGGCACCACGGAGCCAUCGUGGUCGGGCGAGCCGCGUGGCCUGCCCUGGCCUGCGACUCGGUGGCUGACGUUCCCCGUGUGGCGAUGGCCGCUCGCUAUGUCCUGGGAUCCCAGAGCGCGACACUCGACUACGUGGCUCUCAGCGUGUGCCUGCAGGCUUGCGCCUUGCUCGUACUGUACGCGCAGCGCGCCACCUUCACGGACCGCAUGCACGUCUACCUGGAGCUCGUGGCAUGCGGAGGACCCACUGCAGCUCUCGCAGUCUCGCGUCGCUUCGAAGAGCAGCGGCCCCAGCCUCGCCAAGAUGCGACGGCGUUCGUGCUGCACGCACUGUGCUGGCUAGCCGCUCAAGUCGCCCUUCUCGGCCAACUUCACUGCAGAGAGUGGUACGUGCGGCUCUCUGAGCGGCUGCAGCGGCGACUGGACGCCAGCGUGCUGUGCCUCCUGUCGUCGUACCAGCUUCCCCUGCUGGCUCUGCAGCUGGCCACCUUCCGCGACACAAGGCCCGUGGUGGUCGCCGGCGUGCUGCUGCCCAUUGCCGUCACCACAGCACUCAUGUUCCCAUGGGCAACGUCGACCUCUCUGGCCCUAGGCCUGCCUCGGUGGCCCAAGGACAGGGACACUGCGUUGCUCAGGAUAGCCAUUGUCCUGGCCGCGCUCCUCAACCUGCUGGUCGACUGCCUGGCGCAGCUCUACGUGGCUCCCAAGUUUCGAAGCGAGCCGCUGCAACCCGACGCGACGCGUGUUCCCGUAGCCGCCACCCAUGUCGGUCGAAUGCCUCCCAGCGUGGCCAAACAAAAUCACCGUGCCGGUCAAAUUUAG